AUGCCUAAAGUCAAAUCUUCAGGGGGGCCUCCCCGGCGGGAGGGUUUCAAUCGGUCAAACCACAGUCUCAAUGCAGAGAGGCCAAAGGAAGGCCUCAAAGGGGUGGCACAUCCCCGGACAAAAGCCACAAUCAAUCGGCUGCAAAUGUACAGGAAUUUCAAGGCGAAACGCGAUCGUCGAGGAAAGAUUGUCACUCCAGCUCCCUUUCAGGAACGCGUGGCAUCGGGUACAGUAGCCCGUGUGGAACCGAGUGUCAAAUGGUAUGGGAAUUCGAGGGUUAUCUCUCAGAAUGCCCUCCAAAAGUUCCAAGAAGAGAUGGGAAAUGCCAUCAGGGAUCCUUACAAAGUCGUCCUGAAGCCCACUGAACUUCCAAUCACCCUACUCAAUGAAUCAGCCAAGUACCAGAAGGUGCAUCUCCUCGACACGGAGAGUUUUGAGAGUACUUUCGGGAAGAAGAAGCAGAGGAAGCGUCCAAAUCUCUCUGUCAGGGACUACGAAGACAUGUCCAAGGUCGUGGAUGAGCAGGUUGAGCAGUAUAGCCAAGAUAAAGACAACGAUCUCGUGCGGGAAGAUGAUGGGGUGAAGGAUGCAGUGAGGGAUUGGGUAUUUGGAGCUGGACAGAGCAAACGCAUCUGGAAUGAGUUGCACAAAGUUGUGGAUUCAUCCGACGUGCUCCUACAAGUUCUGGACGCCAGAGAUCCCCUAGGAACCCGAUCAAAGUUCAUCGAGGAGUUCCUGAGGAAGGAGAAACCACACAAACAUCUCUUCCUGGUGCUCAAUAAAGUGGAUCUUGUGCCAACUUGGGUGACUCAGCGCUGGGUAGCUAUUCUGUCUCAGGAAUACCCCACGAUUGCCUUUCACGCCUCCCUGACACAUCCAUUCGGAAAAGGGGCGCUCAUUAAUCUCCUGAGGCAGCUGGGAAAACUUCACAUCGACAAAAGGCAGAUUUCUGUGGGAUUUAUUGGGUAUCCGAAUGUGGGAAAGUCUUCAGUGAUCAACACUCUGAGGAGCAAGAAGGUCUGCAAUGUGGCCCCAAUUGCAGGAGAGACCAAAGUUUGGCAGUACAUUACGCUCAUGAAGAGGAUCUUCCUCAUUGAUUGCCCAGGAGUUGUUUAUCCAUCUGCCGAGACUGACACUGAAAAGGUCCUAAAAGGCGUUGUCCGAGUGGAAUUGGUGACGAAUCCUGAGGAUUAUGUGACGGAAGUGCUUCGAAGGGUUCGCAGGGAAUACAUCGCGAGGAUGUACAAAGUAUCCGAAUGGGAAGAUACUCAGAAUUUCCUUGAACAGGUGGCCAAGAAGACGGGAAAGUUGCUGAAAGGAGGAGAACCGGAUACAACAGUCGUCGCCCGGAUGGUGCUGAAUGAUUGGCAACGCGGAAAACUUCCUUUUUACACAAUUCCGGAGGGCUAUGAGACACCUGCUGGGCAGAAAGAGUCGCAAGAAGAUGAAAAAUCAGAGACGCAGUCACAGACUUCUGAAUCUGUGAAAAAGGGGAGAGAGCUGAAGCAAGUACAGGACUUCCGGAAGAUUCGGGUGAAUCUGGAAUUUGAGGAUGAUGAAAUUAAGGAAUUGGAUACGAUGGACCUGAAAGUUCUGGAGGAGCAGAAGAAGGAACGGUUGGAGCGCAAGAAGAAUAAGAAACAAAUGGAAGAUGAAGAGUCAUCAUCGGGAUUGAGUGAUGUCUACAGUGAAGAUGAAUUUGACGAGGCAUCGGGAAGAGUUGUCCGGAAGCGUGGAAAGAAAGCUGAAAUAGCAACUUCCUGUGGCAACUUCACCGUCGAAGAUUUGGCUCCGGCCCUUCCUGGAAAAGAGAAGAUGACUGCAAAGGCCAGGAGAGCUCUACAGCGAUCACUGAAACGCAAAAAAGUCGGCAGCAAUUUCUACGAAGUAGCCAAUGUAAAAAAUCGCAAUCGCAAAAAUCUUUGAUAAAAAUCAUGUUUCUUUUUUUUAAUUAUUCUCUUCUUCUUCUUCAACACUCACCCAAUUCUUUUCUUUUGUUUUGCUCUUCACUAAAAAAAAAUGAUUUUUUUUAUGCCUGCCUUGUGGAAACAUCAGGAGACAUUAAAAAAAAUGUGCAUAAAAAUCGAUACGAGUUACAGUCGAAAAAAAAAUAUUGGGUAAAAUUUCCACCUUAACGUCCUACACACAAAAAUCUUGCAUUCUUUCUCUCUUUCUCUCCCUUUCAAAAACUUCAUUGUCCUUUUCUCCUAUUAAAAUUUAUAAAAUAAAAUAUGAUUUAUCCUCUAUAUACAAGUAUAGUUUUUUGUUGUUGAAUUUUUAUCCUAUAUUGAUUUCAUUUAUGCAGUUUUCACUUUUAUUUCCUUACUUUAUAGACCUUUUUUUUGUAAUAUAAGAAACGCUUAAUAUAAUUUCCUUUUCUCCUCCUUUUCUUCUAACACUUUUGAAGAUUUGAAAACAGAAUGCGCUUUAAGACCGCAUUAUUUGUCGUUGAAAGAUAUACUUUUCUUUUUUAAUAUAAGAUUAGGUUAAAAUUAUUAAUUAGAAAAUAAAAAUAAUAUCAAAUAUUUCA